AUGACAGGGAGGGAAGGAGAGUGUGUGCAUCAGAGAGUCAAAGUAGAGUGAAAGCAGCACCGAUUACCUACGAAAGGAAGGCCAGACUUGUUUUUCUCGUUUCGGCAUGUCUCAAGAAGGGAGGAUGUCCUAUUAUAAACUAAACUAAGCUCGGUGCUCAUACAAUACAGCAGGAGGAUUGGUGUCUGUGUCUUGGAUUUAAACAUUCAGACGAAGAUGUCUGAACCUCCUCCGGUAGCUGCCAAGAAGCAUUCAGGUGUCCGAGUCAUGAUCUCUCCACGAGAACAGCCUCCUGAGCUGCCCCUCAUCACAGAUGCUAGCAAAGAGAAUGGUGCCAGUGCUGAGUCAAAUCAUAUAUCUCUGCUGAAUGCAGAAAGAGAAGUGGAGAUUCUGAACCACUGCUUCAGUGACAUGGAGAGAUUCAUGAUGCGCUUGCAGCAGACAGCGGAUGCCCAGAGUGUCCUCAACCAAAGGAAAAAGAAGAGGAGCACUAAGAACAAGAAGAAGGAGGCCCAAGAUGAUGAUUUGUUGACCCUGAAGGCUUUCCCACCACCUGAGGAAGAAUUUGUGAACAUCUUUCAGAAAAUGAAGUACACCUUCAGCCUGCUGGACCGUCUGAAGUCAUCCAUUGCACAGCCUGAUUCUCCACAGCUGCUGCACCACGUCUUUGUGCCGCUGAGGCUGCUGGUUAAAACCACCGGAGGGCCUGAACUCGCUGCUUCGGUGCUCAGUCCUGCUAUGACCAGUGGUGCUGUUUUGCUGCUGCAGGAGCAUCUGACUGAAGAAGAGAAACAACUGUGGGCUUCGUUAGGAACUAACUGGACUUCCUCCUGUUCACACCUGGGAAUAUCUGUUCCUCCAUACUCCCCUGUCUUCCUGGACGGGUGGCAGCCUCAGGCCUAUGACACAGACGGCAAGCCUUUGGAAGAUCCCAUCGAGUCGCAGCACAAACAGGAUGCUUACAAAGAAAGUCUACAGGAACAAGCUCAACAAACAGCGGGGGUCUCAAGUGAAGGAACUGAUAAAGUCGAUGGAAACGGGCUUCCACCAGAAGGAGAGAGGCUCUACUGCUGCAGUUAUGACUUUGUGGCAAGAAACAGCAGUGAACUGUCAGUGCUACAAGGAGAAACACUAGAGGUGGUUGAAUCGUCAAAGCGCUGGUGGAAGUGUCGGAAUCGCUUUGACCAGAUAGGAUUUGUUCCCUUUAACAUUCUGGAGCCUCUGUCUGCCCUGAAUAACACAGAGACAGAUGUCUCAGUGGUCCGCAAAGACUCAAAGACGGCUGUUUCUCCUCGGACAAAAUAUUUCUCAUACACUCCAACAAGCCCAGGUGGGACUAGUCCUACUGCUACAAGCCCAACAGUGCGACCUCAGAGUAUGGGCUUACCGUUGACAGCCAUGCAGGACGAAGACAGUCGAGUCCUGUUAAUAAAUGAUGAGCUUCUCCAGCGACUGGCGCAGAAAAGAGACUCAGUCCGUCCACUGGUGGUUCCUCGUGCAGCCGAAACCUCUGCACCCCUGAACUACCACUCGCCAGCUGCUGAAGUGAAGGCCUGGCUCACCGCUAAAGGCUUCAGCCAGCAGACAAUCCAGAGUCUGGGUGUUUUAAAUGGUGCACAGCUGUUCUCCCUAAACAAGGAGGAGCUCCGCACGGUGUUACCCAAGGAAGGUGCCAGAGUUUACAGCCAGAUCAUGGUGCAGAAGGCCCUUCUCGAGGAUGUGCACAAAGCUUCUGAACUAGAGAAGGUGAUGGAGAAGCAAAAACAGAAGAUAUCUGAGUGAUGACAGUUGUAGUUGUUGUCAGUAUCCACAACACAGAUGUGACAUCAAGACUUAUUAGAUGUAAAAAUAAAAUUAAUCUUUAAAUUAAACACGCUCUUAAAUCUUAGCAAAAGCAAUUAAUCUUUAAAGUCAGGCCUCACUCACUAACACUGAUUUGAAAAGCAACUGUUUUUUGUAUACUGUUCUAUUUUGUACAAAUUCCAUAUUUCUGUAAUCAUAUGUUGAGAUAAUGUUGGAAGUCGGCAAUAGAUGCAACACAAUAAUCCAAAAAUAAUGGUUUGUUUUGUCAGUUGUCAGUUGAAAUGGUUGACUCCACACAGGGCAGCGAGUUGUUUGGUUGAUUCAAGUUUUUAAUUACAUGGACAUCAAUCUGUAUUUAAACAAAACAUACUUCAAACAUACUUUGUUUAAAACUACAGUCCUGAGUCUUAUAUAUAGUGUAAGACAGUAAAUUGUUCUCUUUCUUGUGCCUUUUUUGCUGGUACUUCAGCUGCAAAGCAUGUUAUGACAACAUACAAUGUAGGAUUCUAAGAAAUAUAAUAUUGUCAAUAUAUUAGCUUCAAUAAUAUAUUAUGUGCAUAUAUGUUUUUUUAUUCUGACAUAAAUGAUCAAACAAUGCAUUCUAACAAAGAUAUGAAGAAUUGUAGAUAAACUCAUUUCAUACUUAAUUUUAAGAAUGUCGGUCAUUUUUAUCAUCUGUGCAAAGAACAUAAACAUGUUAUAAGAAAGCGACACUGCAGCUGUCAACAUACAUUAAAACUCUGAUUGAUGUGGAAGUAAUGAAGCAUUGUGCAGAGAUGUGCAGUGCACAACAUGUUACUUCAGCACAUUUUUACAAAUAAAGCUUACCAGAGGUCAAACAUUGUACUGUAAA